GGAUUUAGCUCACAGCUCUUGGAAUCACUUCAUUCAUCAUCUUCCAGAAAGAAUGAAGUGCAAUGAGCUUAUGAUCCAUUUCAUUACUGGAGUCCUGCUUCUUGGCGGAGUUCAAUACUUCAUCAGGCAGCUGUCUGUACGUGUACAUUAUGGACGCUAUGUGGAGACCCGAAGGGCAAUGCCUAUGGUGCCAGCCAAGGCUGCUUGGUUUAUACAGGAGCUGCCAUCAUUUCUUGUGCCAUUCCUUCUGUGGUACAACUUGGAUGGAGAUAGCAGUGCAGCCAACAACUUCCUCUUGUUGAUGUUCGGUGGCCAUUAUUUCCAGAGGACCUUCAUCUACUCCCCGUUGACCAGGGGCCAACACUCCCCCCUUGAAAUUGUGAUUGCUGCCAUCAUCUUUUGCACCAUGAAUGGUUUCUUUCAAGGACACUAUCUGCUCCACUGUGCCAUCUACAGUGACGCCUGGCUCACGGAUAUCAGAUUCAUCCUUGGUUUGAUUAUUUUCUUGCUGGGGAUGGCAGUUAAUAUCCACAGUGACCACAUCCUGCGUAACUUGCGGACGCCAGGAGAGAUUUCUUACAAAAUACCAAGAGGUGGCCUGUUUGAAUUGGUCUCUGGAGCCAACUUCUUAGGCGAAAUCGUGGAGUGGUUCGGCUAUGCCUUAGCCUCCUGGUCGCUGCCAGCAUUUUCCUUUGCCUUCUUCACUUUGUGCUCCAUUGGACCCCGUGCCUAUCAUCAUCACAGGUAUUACCUGGAGAAGUUUGAAGACUACCCAAGAUCACGCAAAGCACUGAUACCUUUUGUGUUUUAAACAUAAGUUGAAAAAUUAGUUGUACCUUCACCAGAAUUAAACCAUUUUAGUCCAAAGUGAUGUGGCAAUCAAUCCUUCCAUUUAGAGAAUAAAAAUAAAAUCCUCUUUGGCAGAUUACAUGAAUGUGAGUCAACCUGCCAACCUCAAAUCAGAGAGGCACAAAGGGUUGAAAUUCCCUGGAACUUCCAAACCAGACAUAUUUCUUCUAUUCUGUGACAGAAAUGUAAAUACUAUGUGCUAUAUUAAAUAGGCAAACUAGUAAAAAAAUGUAUUAAAGUAUUAAGUUUUAA